GGAAACUUCCAAAUCUAUUCGUCCAAGUGUAACCUGAGGGUCCACCCACUGCUCUGAUGCUGCGGAGCCAGGCUCAAACUUCUAGCUUGCGAUCUUUGCACAUGUCACAUGCAGUUGGAAGUGAGCUGGUGGUCUGAGACGGAUCUUUAAACACGGUAGCAGACUCCCCCGAAAGACCAACAAUACCACCAUGCCUCUCCGGGUUGUAGUGCAGGGUCCUGGGCCCUGGGGCUUCAGGCUGGUCGGAGGAAAGGACUUCGAGCAGCCGCUGACUAUUUCCCGGGUCACCCCCGCCAGUAAAGCCGCUCAGGCCAACUUGUGCAUCGGAGACAUGAUCCUGGCCAUCGACGGAGAAGCCACGGAGAACAUGACUCACUUGGCGGCGCAGAACAAGAUCAAGGGCUGCAUAGAGGAGAUGGUGCUCUCUGUAGACAGGUCAGAAUCUAAAAUGUGGUCACCGCUUUCCUCCGAGGAAGGGAAGACGCAUCCGUACAAGAUGAAUCUUGCAUCGGAGCCAAAGGAAGUGAGACACAUAGGCUCCACCCACAACAGGAGCGCGCUGCCGUUCGCCGGGUUUGGCCCCAAAGUUGUGACCAACCAGUACAACAGCCCGUCCGGUCUCUACUCUUCAGAGAACAUCAAGGACUUCAACUCGACCGUGGACGAAGUCAAAACCAUCGCGAUGGCCAACGAGCCCAACAACCAGGCUCCAUCGGAUCCAUCGCAGACAGGCAAGCGGCCGGCUGUAGCAGCAGAUUCUGAGGUUUACAAGAUGCUGCAGGAGAACCAAGAGUCCGACGAGCCUCCGCGGCAGUCGGCUUCAUUCAAAGUGCUUCAGGAGAUCCUUGAGACGGGGGACCCUGAUAAACCGUCGGGGUUCAGGAGUGUGAAACCACCCGCCACAAAGUUCGGCUCAUCGGUGGGGAACACGGACAAGUUACCCUCCUGUGACAAAUGUGGGUCGGGGAUCGUGGGGAUGGUGGUAAAGCUGAGGGACAAGUUCCGCCACCCCGAAUGCUACACCUGCACGGACUGCGACGUCAACCUCAAGCAGAAGGGACAUUUCUUUGUGGAGGAGCAGAUUUAUUGCGAAAAGCACGCACGCGAGCGAGUGACUCCUCCAGAGGGCUACGACGUGGUCACCGUCUUCCCCAAGUAGAGCGCCUCGCUGAGCUCUGCCUCGGACUGCACGCCACUACGGGACGCCGCGACGUGACCCAAGACAUUCCAACAUUUAGCUCUUGCUACUCCUAAGACUCUCCAAGGGUCUUUCUCUCGCAUUAAGCUUCAGUACAGUCACUGGUAGGCAGGACAGUAAAGAACUAUAUCUUUGAAAAUGUUGAUUUGCACAUUGACAUCUACAAAAGGAAAGUUGAUUGAUACUAUGAAAUGAUGGCAUUCUUUUUUUCUUUUUUUUUUCUUUUCUCUCCCAAAAAAUAAUGUAUCAUUUUCCAUUUGAUUGACACCCACUGUGUUUAAAUGAUAUUUGUCUUUGUACAUGUUCAGUAUGUUCGUUUGAAUCCUGGAAACAAAGGAAAGCCACACUUUUUCACCCAGAGGGACAUGUUUUAUUAAAUAAAUAGAUGUACUUUUAUGCAGCAGAAACACAUUUGAAUAUCAUUACCAAAAUAAAUAUUUUUAGCUCAAACCAACUGUCUUGUCCUCAAUGAUUGUGCUUCACGGAGUGGGACUGAUUGUAAGUUGCUUUGUCAUGAAAUGAUGUUCUGAAACUCGCACUUCUUAUCUUAAACACUCAUUUUAAACCCAUUUAGUUUAAGUGCUUUAAAGAACUACGUUCAGUCUGAAGGUAGAGAAAGCUGCUGCACUGAUGGGUCUGGAAGUGCGGCAUGCCUUAAAGGUUUAACACAGAGAGCAGGGCAGCAGCUUUCUAAGUUACUCACAGUUCCUCAUAAAAAAAAAAAUAAUAGUAAAU